AUGAAGAUAAUAGUAAUAGUGCUGAUAUUGGGAAUUCUUGUGGACGGAAUAAGUGCGUCAAAGGAUGCGAGAAGUGAUUUGGAACAGAGCCGAGGAUUCUUGACUAAUGCCAUUGGUGGUGCGAUUAAUCUGUUGACUAGCGUUGGCACUGGAAUCGCAACUAGCAUCCAGCAAGCAGUCUCUAAUAUAGGAAAUGUGAUAACUCAGAAAGUCAAUCAAGCCACACAAUCCGCAGGCAGCACAAUAAAUCAAAUAAUACAAGUCCACAAAGAUGUUCACAACAAAACAGCAUCGACAAUUCAGAACAUAGCCAACGAGGUUCUGCAUGGAGUCAACACUCAUGUCACCAUCACAAAGAAUCUCACUGAAGCUGUAGCCACGGCUUUGGCAAACCAUAUCAAGAAGACAAUGCAAACGACUAACAUCACCCUUGGCGGUGUGGUAAGUAUCGUCGAGACUGUGAUAGACGCUGGGCACAAGCACUUGGAGAUUCUCCUCAAGGGAGCCACAAAUCACACAGCAAUAAUAGUUGAGAGCGUUGGAGACCUUGUUAAGGGAUUGGUUUCUGCUUUGAAUGCCACCAAGAUAGGUCAACUCCAUCACUUACCCAAUCUUCUGCUCGCCGGAGUCACGGAUAUCUUGACGCAUCUCGUGAAUUCAACAGUUUCCCUCACGAAGGUCAACAGCACAAAGAUUUUAAUGUCGGCCUUUGUGAAAACGGCGGGAAAUGUUGUGGAUUCUCUUAUAAAUGUCCUCCUUCUAGUCACCAAUAAGACAGGAAAUGCGACAAAACACAACUUUGGACACAGCACAACUGCUCUGCUUCAGAGCUUUGCCGGACUUUUCGACAAUCUGGCCGACAUCACUAAAGAAAUAUUGAAUGGAACAAAGAUAAUCCUUGUGGAUAAGUUUGUCAACAAAACCGAUGCACUCGUGCAAGUUGUUAGCAACAUAGCAGACCUCAUAACAGAUCCUGCAAUAUCCUUUACGGAAUCGCUCGUGGACAAACUUAAUAUAACAUCAACGAUACUUGUAGAUAAGAUACACGAUGUCUUUGGAGCGAUAUUCAACAUAUCCACAGAUGCAGUUGAGAAGAUAGUUGAUGGGGUGCACAAGACAGUCAAUGGCACAGCAGUGACUCUCUUGUCCAAAAUACCUAAGUUCCAGCGUUUGGUCACUAACACCACAACCAAAUUGGCCGCCAUUCUCAAUGAUAAGAUAAAGAAGCAUAACAGCACACUGCUGGCCAUCAUGUCUAAGAUAGGAAAUAAUGGCACCAAGUUGAUGGACAAGUCACUAGCUUCAAUAGGGAAGAUGCUGGGCAACAUAACCACAGGUUUCCAGAAUAUUUUAUUCACCACGAAGAAUGCCCUCAUGAACGUCACAAAGACACUUGGAGGGACGAUAACAUCAGUGGCUAAAGGGGUGAUUCAAUUGGCUAACAAUGUAACCAAAAAGCUAGGUGAUUUUGUAGCAGGAAAAUUGGAUUGCGCAGCAGAUUUACUGCCGAACGUGGUGAAAACAGUUCAAGGAUUGGGCAAUCAUACUGUCGGCUGUGCGGUGUCGAAACUGAGUCACGUAUUGGGACAUGUUGUGCAGAACACAACAGCUUUGGCUGGAGUGACUGGGAAAGUCUUUACAGGACUGCCUGUUUAA